UAAAGCCUUCUCGCCCUGCUUCCCCCACUCUCCCGGAACGCUCCAAUGGCAGCCACGGCGGUGACCCUGCCCUCCUCCACCUCGCCCUCCCCCUGCCCCUUCUCCGUCGCCACCUCCUCCCGACGCUGCCUGUUCCCCCGCUCCCCGCUUCCCCGCCGCGCCGUCCGCGUCGUCGCCGCCUCCGCCGCGGCGGCCGAGGCGCCGCCCAAGCCGCCGCCGGCCACUCCCUCCGGCAUCAUCCUCGUCGACCCCUCCGAGGCCCAGAAAGUCCACCGCCUCAAGACCGUCUACGACGAGAAGGUCGUCCCCAUCAUCACCGACGAGUUCGGCUACACCAAUGUCCACCAGGUGCCCAAGCUUGAAAAGAUUGUGGUGAACUGCGGGCUGGGUGUGGAUGCGGGGAACUCCAAGGGGCUGGAUGCCGCCAUGAAGGACCUCGCCUCGAUCACUGGCCAGUGGCCCGUCAAGACCAAGGCCAAGAACUCCGUCGCCAGCUUCAAGAUCCGCGAGGGCAACACCAUUGGUAUAGCCGUCACGCUCCGCGGCAGGGUGAUGUUCAACUUCCUGGAUAGGCUCAUCAACCUUGGGCUCCCUAGGACCAUGGAUUUCUUAGGUGUCAACCCCAACAGCUUCGACGGGCAUGGCAACUACACCAUCGGCCUCCGCGAUCAGGGUGUGUUCCCGGAGAUCCCAUAUGAGGUCGGUGGCAAGAAGAACGGAAUGGAUGUCACCAUCGUCACCACCGCCAAGACCGACAAUGAGGCCCUCAGACUGCUCACGCUCCUCGGCAUGCCGUACGCGGAACACAUGAAGUCUGAUCAGUUCAAGAAGAAGAGGUUGAAGCGCCACCACUUCAUGAGCAAAGGCAGAGGAAGAAAGUGAAGAUCAGGCUAUCUUUUCACACGAUGAGCUCUGCUCCAGACUGUUUAUUGUGUUCAUUUUGCAUAGUUCGGGUUAGAAAAUUGAUCCUUUUGUUGUAUCUUGUAUGUUACUUGUUGUUCAUGUUGUGCCUACUGCCAGAAACAAAAUGGAAAGGUUUUGUUUGGUCAGGCUAUUCAUUAUAGGAGUUUAUGACACAUGUUUAUUCUGCAGCAUU